AUGGACAAGAUAGCCGACUACAAAAACUUGGUGCCCAACUUGGAACGACAAGAGCUGGAUACGGCACUGAAUGGCUCUACUUCACCGCAAGUGUACGGUCAACUACUGGCCAUCUACCUGCUGAUCAAUGAUUUACCGAAUGCAAAGCUGUUGUGGAAGCGUAUGCCGGAUGAUAUCAAAGUAGGCAACGCUGAUAUUCAAGCGGUAUGGAGCGUUGGCGUAAAGCUUUUUCAGCGACAACUGGACGAUAUUUACGCUUUAGUCGAUCAGUAUGAGUGGCCUGGACACCUCAAAAACAUUAUGAACUGCAUUAAAUUGUCAACGCAGGAAAGAAUGCUGAACUUGAUUUCUAAAGCCUACAGCUCUAUUCGAAUGAAGGAAAUGGCGAUUCUCCUUGGAUACACAGAUGAGGAAACUGUUGCUAAAGUUACUUCCAUGGGCUGGAGAUACGAAGCUGAAACGGGCUACAUUUUUCCAGCCAAGCUUUCGCCCGCUGAUGAAUCAGCAUCUGGCUCAUUUGAUCAUCUGAUGACUAAGCUCACCGAAUAUGUUGCUUUCCUUGAGAACUAA